GGGACGGUUGCUAGGGCUCCCGUGGCAAUUGCCGCCGCUCUGUGCAGGUGCCUGGGCUCCACGCGGGUGCUGCCCACCCGCUGUCCGGGAAGGCGGAUCUCUGCUCUGCACCUUUUCUAUCCUUUCGCAGUCAUGAGUAGUGAAUUCCUGGCUGAGCUGCGUUGGGAGGAUGGGUUCGCCAUCCCGGUGGCGAACGAGGAGAACAAGAUGCUGGAAGAUCAGUUGUCAAAGCUGAAGAAUGAAAGAGCAAGCUUGCAAGAUCAGUUACGUGAUUAUGAAGAGCGAAUUAAUUCUAUGACUUCUCACUUCAAAAAUGUUAAACAAGAGCUCUCAAUUACACAGUCUUUUUGCAAAGCAAGGGAGCGUGAGACUGAAAGUGAAGAACAUUUUAAGGCCAUUGCGCAAAGAGAACUAGGACGAGUGAAAGAAGAAAUUCGAUGUCUGGAAAAUGAGAUGGCCUCAAUACUGGAAAAGAAAACUGACAAAGAAAAUGGCAUAUUUAAAGCCACUCAAAAACUGGAUGGUUUGAAAUGCCAGAUGAACUGGGACCAGCAGGCACUGGAGGCCUGGUUGGAAGAAUCAGCUCAUAGAGAUAGUGACGCGCUCACGCUUCAGAAGUAUGCACAACAAGAUGAUAAUAAAAUCAGGGCACUGACUCUGCAAUUAGAGAGACUAACUUUGGAACGUAAUCAGAAAAGAAAGAUACUUGACAAUGAACUUACAGAGACUAUAAGUGCACAGUUAGAAUUGGAUAAAGCAGCGCAAGAUUUUCGUAAGAUUCAUAAUGAAAGACAAGAACUCAUUAAACAGUGGGAGAACACAAUAGAACAGAUGCAGAAGAGGGAUCAAGACAUCGAUAACUGUGCUUUGGUAAAGUACUCUGUUAAGUAUGAUGUUGAGACAAUAAAAACAAAAUUAAAGGAGAUAGAAGAGAAAGCUACCAAUUUGGAAGAUAUGCUGAAGGAGGAGGAAAAAGAUGUGAAGGAAGUAGAUGUUCAACUGAACCUCAUAAAAGAUGUGCUGUUUAAGAAAGCUCAGGAGUUACAGACUGAAACGAUGAAAGAAAAAGAGGUUGUAUCAGAAAUUGAAGGAACUCGUUCCUCUCUGAAACAUCUCAACCAUCAGUUACAAAAACUGGAUUUUGAAACCUUGAAGCAGCAAGAAAUUAUGUACAGCCAGGAUUUUCAUAUUCAACAAGUGGAACGGAGAAUGUCACGGUUAAAGGGAGAAAUUAAUUCAGAAGAAAAACAAGCCCUUGAAGCAAAAAUUGUUGAACUUAAGAAGUCUUUGGAAGAGAAAAAAUCUACAUGUGGCCUUUUGGAAACACAGAUCAAGAAGCUUCAUAAUGAUCUUUUUUUUAUCAAGAAAUCAAACAGUAAAAGCAAUGAUGAAAAACAGUCCCUUAUGAGCAAAAUAAAUGAACUAAACCUUUUCAUUGACAGAUCAGAGAAAGAACUUGAUAAAGCCAAAGCUUUUAAGCAGGAUUUGAUGAUAGAGGACAAUCUUUUAAAACUUGAAGUUAAGCGUACUCGAGAAAUGCUUCACAGUAAGGCAGAAGAAGUUCUUUCCCUGGAAAAAAGAAAACAGCAAUUAUAUACAGCUAUGGAAGAGCGAACUGAAGAAAUUAAGGUUCAUAAAACAAUGCUUGCAUCACAAAUAAGAUAUGUUGAUCAAGAACGGGAAAACAUAAGCACUGAGUUUCAUGAGCGGCUAAAUAAAAUUGAUAAGCUGAAGAACAGAUAUGAAAUUCUGACUGUUGGUAUGCUGCCUCCUGAAGGAGAAGAGGAGAAAACACAGGCAUACUAUGUAAUCAAGGCUGCUCAAGAAAAAGAAGAGCUUCAAAGGGAAGGUGACUGUUUGGAUGCUAAAAUCAACAAAGCUGAAAAAGAAAUCUACGCUCUAGAAAACACCCUGCAAGUUCUCAACAGCUGUAACAACAAUUACAAGCAAUCUUUAAAAAAAGUAACUCCAUCCAGUGAUGAGUAUGAGCUACAAAUUCAACUAGAAGAACAGAAAAGAGCUAUUGAUGAAAAAUACAGAUACAAACAAAGACAAAUCAGAGAACUUCAAGAAGACAUCCAGAGCAUGGAAAAUACAUUAGACGUUCUAGAACGUUUAGCAAAUAAUGUCAAAGAAAAAUUAUCAGAAAAGCAGGCUUAUUCAUUUCAACUAAAUAAAGAAACGGAGGAGCAGAAGCCAAAAUUAGAAAGAGUGACGAAACAGUGUGCAAAACUCACAAAGGAAAUCCGUCUUUUGAAAGACACAAAAGGUGAAUCACUGGAAGAACAAGAUAUCAAACUUCGUGAACUCAAACAGUUUCACAAGGUUAUUGAUGAAAUGUUAGUUGGUAUCACAGAAGAAAAUGCUGAGAUCCGCAUUAUCCUUCAAACAUACUUUGAACAGAGUGGGUUAGACCUACCUGCAGCUAGUACUAAAGGCAGUCACCAGAGUUCCAGAUAUCCUUCACACACUUCACUACCAUCAGUAAGGUCAUCUAGGAGGACAAGUACACCUACUUCUCAGACUUCAGUUAAAGUAUUAGAGCUUAACUUCCCGGCCUCCUCUUCACUAGUAGGCAGCCCUUCUAGGCCAGCUAGUGCUAGUAGUAGCUCUAGUAAUGGUAAGAGCAAAAAGAGCAGCAAAUAAACAUUUUAAUCUCUUCUGAAAAAGUUGUAAACACAAAAACAAAAAUAUCAUACUUUAAAAUACAAAAUGAUCCAACACAUUUUAUCUAGUGGAAAGUGUAAAAUCUUAGUAAAAAGUGUAACAAACAACUGAUAGUUUUUUUUUUUUUUAAAAAAGGAAUGUUCUCUACUGUUUUCUUCAAACUGAAGAACACAUUAAUAGCAGAUUCUUGUCAGGUUACAGGUUAUACAAGCAUAGGGAAAACCCUGUAUUUCACUGUAAUUUUGAUGUUCGUAGUGUUAGAAAAUAGUUUCCUUUAUUAUUUCACAAACUACACUCACUUCUAAUGUAACAAUCUUUCAGGAAGACAUUUCUAAAAGAUUUACUCUACUAUUAUGAGCUUAUUACAAUGUUAAAGUCUCACCCUGUAAGACACCAAAAUUAGGUUUUAUUCAAAGUAACUAUUUCUCAGACUUUUGGGAAGAAAAGUUAUUAAAGGCAGUUUCUUCUUUUGGUAUAAUUUUUAACCAAAAAAUAGGAUGAACCCCCACUCUCCCCAAAAAAAUCCAAUUGAUAAGAAUACUGUACAUCCAUUUUAAAAUGCAGCUUAAAUUUCUAAAAAUCACUUCAUUCUGACCUUGAAAGAAAUCAAAAGCAUUAAAUAUUUCCUUACAGAUACAGCCAACCAAGUAUAAAAAAUACAUUUUUGAAACGUUAUUGAUUUAAUAAACAAUUUAAUGAAAACUAGAUAUGAUUUGAUUUGCAAUAGAAAUUUUUUAAGUUUACAGUUGGAGGUAGACUGCCAAAUUUAGUAGUUUUUCCAGUUAACACUUCAUUAUAACAUGUGCCCAACACUUUGUACUCUUGGAAUAGAAUGUGGAAUAUAAAACUGGAUUUUAAAUAAAUGUAUUAGAAUUCA